GCUACACAUCUUGCAGUAUAAUGUAGAGAAAUCGAUCGACAACGCAAUGGCGGCACUCCUCCGCGAUGUCCAAAUCCUAGAAUACGACGUGCUCGCGAUCCAGGAACCAUGGAUCUGCUCCUUUGCCGACACCACGCACUUCCCACGAGAAUGCAAGGAUCACUACGACCUGAUCUGGCUGUCGAUUAUACGACCAGCAGUCCCACGAGUCCGCACAUACAUCCGGAAGGAUCUAAAGUACACUCCCAUCUACUGGGACCAGCACGCUCUAACGGUAUCGAUCGAAACCGAGUAUAACAUCAAGAUAUUCGUCCACAAUAUUUAUAAUCCACCCCAGUUCCGAGCCAAUCCAGGUGUCACUAGCCUACGGGCCGCCCUGAGCACGGCCGACACGAUCCCUGGAAAAAACAACAUAUAAUCUGUGGCGACUUCAAUAUCCACGACCCUCUGUGGAGCCGCCACCGGUCGGCCGCCCGAAAUAACAACGAACGCGCGGAUGACCUGAAAUCGUUAAUCGAGGAACGACCCCUGGCCAUAGUCACCCCCCGCGGGCUGAUUACGCGACCGGUCCAACGUACCAGAAACUCGAGAAGCCGCGUAGGACCGAGCGACACGCGCAGCACCGACACCGCGGCCCCGGUAGAAGUCACACCCAAACUGGGGUCCACACUAGAGCUGUGUCUCACAUCAUGGGAUUUAGAAACACAGAUACACCACGUACGCGCGGUCGACCACCUAAGCGGGAUUUCUG